UCAGCUCAGUACCAAUUUAACAAUCGCUAGUUCAAGCCGCAACGCAGAGAGAAUUCGCUAGAGAAAUGCUUUUUAAAUACUUUCCAUUAAUAUUGCUCAUGGCACAGUGCCUGCUGGCGGCGCCUACAGCAGAUAGCGCCACAGCGGCCAACAAGCCAGGUGAUCUGACACAGAAACAGCUGGAACAGGAGGCGCACAAUGAGACUAUCAACCUGCUGAAUGCUCUAUUCCGUGCACAAAUCGCCUACUUUAGCGGUGUGCGGGACAAGCUGGCGCCGAGCACGAAGCGUGCACGUGACAUUGAGCUGUACGUGACCCGGCUGAACGAGGCGAUAGCCGAGAAGGAGCUGGACAAAAAGGAUGCCAUGUGGCUAAACAUAUUCGAGCAGUUCAACAAAUCGCCGCUGCUGCUGAACAGGCAGGAGGAGACGGGCCUCAGCAAUGACGACUAUCAGGCCCUGCUUACGGACAAGAAAUUACAGGAGAUAACAACGAGCUUCGUUCGAGAUGUGACAACAUAUUUCCUGAAAAUGGCACAGUUCAGUGGAAAAGUCGUCGAAAUGAGCAUCGAUGAGUACAGGAGUACAUGAGCAAGAGACCGAGAGGCGUCAAUAAAGUUUACAAGUUUAAGUUCGAAA